CCUCCUCCUCUCUCUCCCUUUCUAUGUUUGUCUUGCAUUUUGGACUUGGUUCAUGAGGAUCAGUUAAUCAGGUCUGCUAUCAUGACGUGGGUUCUACUGUAAAGGUCUUUAUCAGAGGAAAAAGAUGAUUAUCUUGCGGUGGGGAUUAUGGUGGUUGGUGUUAGUAUAUGUGUUUCUGAAGGAAAUUAUUUGACUUAUACAGUUUGUUUGUCAGCUCAUGAAGAAAAGGGUAUCUGUUAGUGGUGGGAUUCUCAUUAUAUGGUUUAAUCUACUGAAGGAAACAAGGUAUGAGAGCUAUGUAUCUGCUGUAAGAGGAGGAUUAAAUAGUCAGGGUUUUAAAAGGAUGAGUUUCUAUGGGCCUAUGGAAAUAGUACUUAUGAAGGGGAAUUUUGGUUAGCAGGACUUGCAAUUUGAAAGGCAAAUUUUUUUUUUUUUUUGGCUGGUUUCAUUGUGGUCACUUUCACAUCUCAGCGUCCAGAAACACUAGAUUUCUUUUGAUUGAAUUGUCCACCAUUAAUAUUUUCCUUUCGUUUUGGCUUUCCCACACCAUCAUUUAUUACAUCUUUUAUUUUGCCUAAAAUGUUUUCUCCCAUGAUCUAACUAAAUGUUUUUCCUUUUCAAAUUGGCCCAGAAUUUUCCCAGAAAUCCAAUUCCUAUUGUGGAGCAAAUCACCAUUGAAUUCCUCUCCUCCUGUAUUUUGAUUAUUCAGUGAGGUGGUUUUGGUUGAUUCUCUUCUCUUGCCUCUGCUCUGACAUAUCUGUUCCCUGCACUUGCAUCCAUGGAACUGUUAUGAUAUAGUUCUUGCAGUGUACAAUGCCUGUCUGCCAAUUAACCAGUAGAUAUAUCUUCCACAGUAAUAAUUCAGAUCCAAAUUCCAAGAUCUAUUAUAGAAAAUCAGGAUUUCUUUUGCAUCUAUAUCGAACACCUCCCUGAAAGGACAAAACAAUAGUGGUAGAAAUUAAAAGGAAAGCAUUCAUUCAGCCUCUUUGCAUUCACUUGUGAUUUUGGGGAUUGGCUCUGGUGUAGAUUUCCUUCUUUGUGUCUCCUUCCAAGCUGUCUCCCUGUUGAUGAAACCCUUCUGGGAAAAUUUGAACAAGGCUAGAUGACCACAGAUGAGACGGACAGUAGCUCCUUAUUAUUGUUGAUCCUCAUUAUGCUUCAAUUUCUAAGAUACAUCAUUUAUUAUAUUCAUAAGCAUUUCAUUUGAAUUCUUUUGUCUGGAAGCCUGAAAUUUUUAAUUCGUUCUUUCUUUCUUUUAAUAGUUUUGAUUUCUCUUAUUUGAAUACAUAUGAAUACAUUAUUGGUUUUCUAAAGUGCUUGUUUAAUUCUAAAUUGUAGAUUUACGUAAAAAAUGGAUAGUGAUGAUGAAUAGAAUGAGUAUUAUCAGAGGUGCAAGAAAGUAAUAAUAAUUGCGGCUACUGCAGUUGUUAUAGUAGUGGAAUAGAAUAAGAAAUUGUUUCUAUGUAAACAACCUUAUCGUAAUGAGACUCGACGUGGCUCCUUUGAGACAUAACGAAUCAUUGGACAUACUGACAAGACAUGUCGAAACAUGAUAAAAAUGAGUCGAAAAGCGUUAUUUGACCUAUAUCAAGUGAUGUGCGCCAAGGGUCUUCUGUAUGAUACAAUUAACGUUCAAGUGGAGGAACAAGUUGUUAUUUUUUUAUAUGCAAUCAGUCACAAUGCUAAGAACCGCGUCCUCUUACAUUUAUUUGGGCAUUCAAGUGAAACUAUCGGUCGGUAUUUCAAUUGUGUUUUGGGAUCAGUUCUCAAACUGUACCCAGUAUUGUUGAAGCCUCCAAGUACCAUAACACAUAAGCGAAUAUCAGGUAACCAUAGGAGCUUUUAUCCAUAUUUCAAGGAUUGCAUUAGAGCCAUAGAUGGAUCGCAUAUCCCUACAUGGGUGCCAAUUGCUCAACACCAGACAUUUCACAAUAGGAAGGGAAAUAUAUCGCAAAAUAUCCUAGCAGAUUGUGAUUUUGAUAUGAAGUUCACAUAUAUACUUUCUGGUUGGGAAGGAUCAACAUUUGAUUCACGAAUAUUAGAUGAUGCCAUUCACAGAGAAGGUGAGGCAAAGCUACCAGUUCCUAGAGGUAAAUUUUAUCUUGUAGAUGCAGGGUUUGCAAACCAUAAGGGAUUCUUAAGACCCAACCAUAACGUUCAAUACCACUUGAAAGAGUGGAGAAAUUCGAAUGUUUCACCUGCCGACAAGAAAGAAUUGUUCAACUUGUGUCAUUCAAUAUUACAUAACAUGAUUGAGCGGGCUUUCGGACUGUUGAAGUCAAGAUUCAAGAUUUUGAAAACCCAACCAAAGUAUCCUUUUAAGACUCAGGCUAGGAUUAUACAAGCUUGUGUUAUGAUAUACAAUCAUAUCCUUACCCAAAAUAGUGUUCAAGAAGAAGAGGAAUGGCUUCAACAGGAGAAUGCAGUUACAGAUGAGAAUACUAAUGAAGAAGCAGAAGACAAUGAUGAACAUAGUGAUGAGGAUUCUAACGUUGAUGAUGAAGAUGAUAACUUUGAUCAAGAUCAAUUCCAAGAGGAGAUGGCUGAUUAUAUGUGGAAUGAUUGGAUGGCAGGAGCUGAUUCAGAUGAAGAAAUGCAUGAUUCUUCAUAUGAAUCAUAAGAAGAUACAGACUGAAUCCAUUUAUCUUUUGUCCUAACUACUUGAACUAGACUUGGUUUCAUUUUAAGAUUUUGUAAUUUGAACUACAUGAAUAUGUUUUGUGUGUUUUGGCUUGUAAUGGCUUUUCCAGUUCAUGGUUUCACUAUUAAUAUGCAUUCUUUGGAAUAUUAUGCUAUUUUUUUAUGGUUACAGUUAUUUCCUCUUUUUUUUUAGGGGGGGGGCUGAAUAUUUGAUAUCAGGAUUCAUUGUAGCAAAGAUGGACGCAGUUGAGGGUUCUAACUCAAAAAUUGCUACAUGGCCUUCUGAGAUAUCUCACUACUUUCUGGAGCGUUUUCUACAUCAACAAUAAAAGGGAAAGAAUGGAGAUAAUAUGUUGAAAAAAGAACAAUUUCAAGUAGUCUUAACUGAAUUAUAUGAUAGAUCUCAUAUGAAAUAUGACUAGGAACAGUGCCGCAAUCACUACAGGAUAUGGAAAGCAAGGUUGAACUCGUUCGUUGACUUGCAAAAAAAUAGUGGAAUGGGUUGGAAUGACCAUGAGAAGCGGUUUGAUGCACCCCAACAUAUGUGGAAUGAAUUCAAGGUUAAUUAAAUGUUUGAUGCAUUAUUUCUAGAUUGUUAGAAAGUUAUACUAAAAGUAAAGUUAACAGUUUACUAUUCUGACAAUCCAAGAGUUAAUUAUCAUUUUUUUUUUUUUUAGAAAAAAGAGCAAAGAUUUUGGAAAGAGCAUAGAGUGCUUCCCAUUCACCUACAAAUGGUUGAAUGGCUGCGUAAUGAAAUUGCUACCGGGGCUGGAUCUUCACACCCAUCUGAUGCAAUCAAUGAGGACCAGCCUUACAUUCCAGUACCAAUUGAUGAAGAAAUUAGCUUGGACAAUUAUGAUGCUAUUGAUGAUAAUGUUGGUGAAAGUGCCCAUUAUACUCCCAAUGCAAGUAGUAGUCGUUCCCGUGGCAGGCCUAGUUUAGGGGUAACAAGUAAAGAGAAGAAGAAGAAGAAAGGAGGUGUAGAGAAGGUUAGUAGUCCUUUGAAGGUGAUAGCCAAUGCAAUUGUGGAGAUGGCCAAGCAAGACCCCCAAAAGGAAUUUGCAAAAAACUUAUGUAUUGAGAUUGAUGCACUUACAGGAGUUGAGUUUGAUAAAAAAUUGUGUGCUAAACAACUCUUCAUGCAACAUAAGGAAUUGGCUCCCAUCUUCUUGAAUUCUAAUGAGGCAGAUAAGCCUAAGGUGUUUGAACACUAUAUGAAGAAUAUCGAAGAUGGUGGUCAAGAUUGAGGACAUGUCGCUUUAUUUAUUUAUGAUUAGUGUGUUGUUUCAAAACAUAAGUAAAUAUUAACUAGACAAUUUAUGACAAACAUUUGAAAUGCUUAUUUUGGUGAUGUAAUAGUGACUCGAUUUUUGAACUCUCUCCUUUAAACUGAUCAGCUGGUGAUUGGUAAGCUUCUGUAAGUAGGUAUUAUGAGUUUUAUUGGAAAGUAACAGAUUGGAUGUCUGUUUAUCUAGAAUGCUCAUGGAAAUAUAUGGUAAAUUAGUUUUUACCAUGGUGUGUGAUCCUUCAUGGGUCCUCUGAUUCUGAAAAGCAAAGCUACAACAAUAAAUUUUCUGCAUACUAACAAUUUCUGCAUGCAGGGUUUUGCUGCUGGUCUGAUGCUGAGUAUUUCUUUCUUAGACCUGGCACAUGAUGCUUUGAAUUCCAUUGGCUUCUUGAAAGGAAAUCUUUGGGUAAGAUAAAUUUCAAGCAUUACUGCUUAAGAGAAAUUUGAGCAUCAAGCCUGCCCCUCAACGUUGGCAGGAAAAUGCUGCUGAUGGUUCCUUUGAUGUGGUAUUUACAUUUGAAGAAAAGGUUUUCGACAUGGUAAUUGAAGGUCAAUAUGCAUACAAUUUCUGUGUUACUUAAUUUUAUUCUAAUGAUAUGUUCGUGCAUAUUUUAUAGUUCACAGUAAAAUAUCCUUGAAGUGAUUUAACUAUUUGGUUGUCUUUACCUUUUGAAUUGGUCUAUACAUGUUGGAUGGAAUUAUUUCUCCUUUUGCUUCAAUAUUUGGGAGUGGAAAAAACAAUUUGUUACUAGUUCAAUGUAAAUUGAAUGUUCUUGUGCAAGAUACUCCAAAACACCGAUGCAUGAUCCCUUCACUUUUCUCCCUGUUUCAUUUUCCUUCUUACCCUGGUGUUUGGAAAUAUAUAUUAUAUUAAUCUUUGCUAAUUGUCUUCUGAUUUUUGUGAAGAUAUGCCCCUCUACUCUUGCUACCUGAAUCCAUUUCACAAGUUUAGGUUUUGAACAGGGAAUUAGUCAUUGAGUAUGUUUUCCAGGGCACUUUUAUGAUUCCCCUACUUUCUGUUCUAUUAGGUACAUUUUUACCGAAUGGCUCCAAUCUUAUGCCUUAACAACUUAUAACCCCAAUAUCAACCCAAUCUUACAUGUGAAACCAAUCAUUGGAUUGGUAAGUCCUUUAUUUUCUAUAGGAUAUUCUUCCUGAAUUGAAGAGUAAAGACACAUAGUGCUGUAGAUUUAAACAUAAACAUCUCUUGGAGCAACAUCAAAAACAUAGACAAUUCUCUGGUCUCUUUAUUAUAUGUGGCAUUGAAUGCUUUGUUGCACUCUUCAUAAACUUUAUGUUGAUGAUGCGAUAGUUCAGGAGUCAGUUUUCCGAAGACUCCCAUUCUUCUGUUUCUGGUAGCUCAACAUCUGCACGCCUCCAAAUGUCAAUAGUGAGCAAGAUGGACAAAGGGAUGGAUCCAAGAGACGGGAAAUAGAUGACAAUAAUGCAGACUACACUUUUCCCUAAUUAAAUAGUUUUUGUCCACCCUUGUUGUAUUUAGUAUUUACUUUCACACAAGUCAGUUGAUCUUUUGUUCAAUACAAGUCUCAUAUACUGUAAAAUAUAGAUUAAGUUCUUCCCUUCCCCUUAGUUUAACUUGUAGCUUUUUGGAGUUUUUGAAUGUCCACCAAAUCUAGACAUUCUUUUUGUAAUGUAACAUUAGAGAUAUACAUAUGGAAACAGGAAGUUCUGAGCAUCUA